ACAGAACUACGUUCCCGUCGUGCCCCGCGGCGACAGGCGGGGCGGCCCGGUUGCUAGGACUUGGAGAAGCGUGGCGUUCGCGCGGGCGUCCCUCAGGUGGUCCCUCCUGCCUGGGUGCCUGGUCAGCCACUACAGAGAUGGCAGGAAAAGAGAACAACUUCCCCCCCCUGCCGCACUUCCUGCCUCUGAAGCCCUGCUUCUACCAGGACUUCUCCGACGAGAUCCCCGUGGAGCACCAGGUGCUGGUGAAGAGGAUCUACCGCCUGUGGAUGUUUUACUGUGCCACUCUGGGUGUAAACCUGGUGGCCUGCCUGGCCUGGUGGAUUGCGGUUGGAGCAGGGGGCAACUUCGGCCUGGCCGUUCUCUGGCUGCUGCUCUUCACUCCCUGCAGUUAUGUGUGCUGGUUCCGGCCUGCAUACAAGGCCUUCCGAGCUGACAGCUCCUUUAACUUCAUGACGUUCUUCUUCAUCUUCGGGGCCCAGUUUGUGCUGACUGUCAUCCAGGCCAUCGGCUUCUCAGGCUGGGGCGCGUGUGGCUGGCUGGCAGCUGUUGGAGUCUUUGGGGUCAAUGUUGGGGCUGCUGUGGUGAUGCUGAUCCCAGCCAUCAUGUUCUCCCUGGCUGCUGCCUUGAUGGCUGUCACUAUUGUACAGGUGCAUAGGAUCUACCGUGGGGCUGGUGGAAGCUUCCAGAAGGCACAGACAGAGUGGACAGCCGGUACCUGGAGGAACCCACCAUCAAGGGAGGCCCAGUUCAACAACUUCUCUGGAAGCAGUCUGCCCGAAUACCCCACAGUCCCCAGCUACUCAGCCAGUGGCCAGUGGCCUUAGGCAGCUGGCUGCCCCAG